UCACCAACUGGUUUGAUGAUGUAUCGCUACAACGAGACAAUAACUGCCUUUGAGAGGGUGUACUAUUCGACGGCAUUCUCCACGCUACGUGGAUGGACCAGACGCACCAUCGAAACAAUUUCGACGAUCGACAUUGUUGGCGAUGGGAUGGACGAACUGUUUGCCUCGGGACCAAAAGGCUUGGUAGCAUUACAGGCCGAUUCGAAUGAGUUUGGAUUUGGAUGGAAUAACAUCUUCGAUGAACAUAUAGCCGAGCAGUCCAUCCGCUAUGCUUUACCGGAGCAUGUUCGAAAAAUGAACAUAUCGUCCAACCAAAUUGAAGUAUUUUUGCACACAUCACAAGGAUUGAGCGUUAUCAAGGCGGCGCAGUAUAUAGCCAAACAAAAUCAUAACAUUUAUGAACCAGCCAAGUCAAAAGAUGUAGGACCAGACAACGAACGAUCCAUACCAGAGCUCGUUUCCCAACGCACCUACACCCUAUGGUUACAUGAUCAGCUUGAUCUUAGUAACUUGUUGCAGCCGUUAAGCCCACACUCCGGAACAGUAGAAUUGACACUACCUUUGAUCGAAAUCCGUAACCCGUUCGGUGUAAAUGUUCGAAAGAUUUUCCAAUACAAAAAUAUCGACUACAGUAACGAGCUAGGUCACGGAUGGUCCUUUCCGCUGGACUGCAUAAUGGUUGAUCGGACCACGAGCGCUUUCAGUGAGGAUCAUGUUUAUUCACUUGUCAAGGAUAACCAACGUAUCAUACUAACUCGGUUGCAUGGCCAGACAGAGCAAAAUGAUGAGAUUGGUUUUGAAAUAGAAGGUUACGAUGAAAUGGAGAUUCAUUAUCAACAGCAAAUGAACCGAUGGAAUGUGACGAUCGAUAAGCGCACUCUCAUGUACAGUGUGAUUAACAACUAUCAGAUGCUAAACGUUUGCACAACGUGGCCUCUUUGCGGUAGUAACUCAACGAAGGAGGUACCGCUUCCUACUAUUUGGUACUUGACUAUGGAAUACGAUCACAACGGGCAAGGUAACGCACGCUAUGACUACGAAAUUGUAAAGAAUGAAACUGAUAUACGGCUUAGCAAAAUAACGCUGCACGAUGAUUCGACGGUGGAAAUUGCAUACGAUCACGGUCGCGUUCAUAGCUUUUCCGUCAAAACUGCCAAAUACAAACAGUUUGUUCACAUCCGCUACACUACCGACAACAAACACCUGCGAGCAAUUACGCAAAGUGAUCGCCCUCUUUUCGAAUUUGAGUACGACCAUGAGAAUCGCCUAUCCAAAAUGGUACUCCCAAACGGAGCGGUAUGGAUACCGAACUACUUCGAUUUACCGAUCGAUUCGUCAGCACUACAAAAAAGCUUUGCCAUCAACCACGAAGCAACGAUCUUCUACGGACCGGACUACAUGGUGAUCGUGGAUGCAAACCAUGUUCACGGAAAGCUGGAGUUACACAUACGCGACCCUCUGGGAGCGAUGCAUGAACCGAAGAUGAAUCAAACUAUUACCGUGACCGCCGAGCCAAACUUCAAAAAUCACAUCGUACACGCAAUUGAAUGUCUGUUGGUGGUCAACGUGGUGUAUAGUACGCAUAAGGUCGUGACGGUCAUACAGUACUCCGAUCAGGGAUGGGUACAACGACAGCACUAUGAGAACAAUCCUCUGGAGGGAAUGGUAAUGACAGGGAAUAGGUUUGUCCUUAUAUCAGACACCAAAGAAUUGCACGUGUUGUCCGUCAACGAGACUGGUGUGUAUCAGGAUGCCAUCGUACGUACCGGGCUUCCGAAAAACUUUGUGAUUCAUGCAUUCUCUCACGGUUACGCUACCUACGACGGCCAUCUCCGUAUCUUUUUACUACGUGACAGUGGCAACUGGCUCGAAGUACCUACCAGUGUCGGCUGGGAUGCCUUUGCCUCUAUCGACAAUUUCAUCAGUUCGUUUGACAUCAACAAACAACUGGCAGAUUCGAUCCGCAGGAGUCUGGUGGCAGACAUGUUGGGUAGCUACCGCCAGGCAAUCGUUCUGAAAGCUCCAAAGUUUACCAAAACGCUGCUCGAAAUCUGGGUUCGGUUUGCAGUGAUCGAUUUAAAGGCUCCCGCACCGCAGAUGCAGUACUACUAUACGACAAAGGUAGAAAUGGCGAACAUGCGUGGCUUUAAGUACACCGUGCGCACGAAAGACAACGAUGAGUUCAUUCUGGGUUAUCAAUGGCACGGUGGUAAAUAUCAUCUCCGGGUACGCAACUCAACCGGUCCGCACCGGAACGAGUUCAACAGGUACAUCAAAGAAGUACAGCAAAGCCGAUCGACAAUGCACUACCGAGAGUGGGCCGAGCAUUGGAACAAAACGGUGACUCUCAUCAAGCAAGAGUAUGCUCGUAUCUACAAAAAGGUUAAGGAAUCCGUUGUGUUUGCCAUGGAUCUUUCGCAAUUUGGCAUGCUGACGAAUCAGGAAGGAGUGCUCGUCGCUGGUCACCAGAUAACCAACGAUGGACAUAAUUGGCCGAAGAAACGGCUCAGCGAUGAAACCCAACGUUUGUACAAAGUCGACAAACAACUGUCUGCCGCAUACAGGCUGGUGAAGAGUCACAAGCAUGACAACUUCAAGAUCGUUUCCAUCGUGCACAAUACGACGGUUUUCGAUAUGGGAACCACCAGCCCGAAAGAGAUCCAACUCGUGCUACCGUACUACGCACAAGCACAACGUCCCGGAGGACGCUUGAAGGCGUUUUUCUUUGAUACCCAACAAACGGUAACCUUCGCGGUUAACGAAACGAUGCAUCGUGCCAGUAACCAGCUCGCCCUUAUCACAACGGCACGUAAACUAGCGACCCACAGUAGAUCAUACAUGCUCUUCCGUUCGGUUAAGUACUUCAUCACCAGUAAAGUUACUGUGCUCGAAAAGCAAACGCUCACUUCGCCGAACGAACGGCCACUGAUAACGGAGUUCCUGUAUAAUGCGAAAGAUCUGCAGCUGACGGCGAAUGGAUUUAUUUUCCAAAGAUUGCAAAUAGUGCCCGGUGGGAACAGGACCCGUUUCGGUUGGUACGAACAAAGUAUCGACCUAGAGACUGGUGACACCUUACGGAAAGCGUUUGCGGCCGAUGGUCGCGAAGUGAUCGACACGAAGUUGCGCGAGCAGCAGAAAAAAGCACAGCAGUCAGAAACGGAGGACAGUAGGUCGACUUUGCGCGACCACGAUCGGACGAUCAUGGACAAGGGUUAUCGACUACAGGUGCUAGACUUGGGACCGUACCGAUUGGCAGAUGAAAUGGUUUCGUACUACGGAUUCGAGCAGUACGAGAACAAUCACUUUGGCUCACAGACACGAUGGAUCUUCAACGAGUCCCUUGUACGCUUGGAGUCCGAGAAUCGGUACUUACAGCUGACGGGAAAAAAUCAAACCCUGACCGGCAUGUUUAUGCCUGCGGAACCGAAUACUACCUUUGUCGUAUCCUGCUGGAUACGUGUGCCGGCAGCCUCUUUAGCAUUUCAGGCAAAUCAAGCUGGCGACGUCCUAACGGUACACGUUAGGAGGUUCGCCGAAAAUAUGGAAAACACUACAUCACCGACAAAUGUAACGACAUCAAGUGCUGUACAGAUUAAACAUAGCAUUGGGAGCUGGAACUACAUCGAAACAAUCGUCGACGCAUCACACUUUCCUCCAGCAACAAAACUCCACUUCCUCAUAGCCGUUGCACCAACUGACACUCUGAUGGUUAUCGAUGUCGAUCAUAUCCGAUUUUCUCCACUAUCCAUGCCCUUAGCGAUCAACAUUUACAAACCCAUCACGGGCGAGGUAGGGGCGGUCCUGAAUGGGAACGGUCUCCUGCGGUGCUGUUUCUACAAUCCACAAGGAAAAAAAUCGAUCAUGUUCUCGGAGCAGGGCGAAGUUCUGGAGUUUUCGAUGGAGUCAAAGAUUAUGUACACCCGCCAGUCACGCCGCAGGCCAUGCUCCGUGGAGAUGAAACCUCGUUACGGCAGCCUGGAUGAUUUUCAAAGUGAACCAUGGCACAUGACCGGUCCGGGCUGGACUGUGGAAAAGGGAUUUGUUUCAUACAACGGAACCGAAGAAUCUACCUUAUCGAAAUCGUUCAACAAACCGUACAAAACUGUAGGAAUUCGUUUCCUGUACGAGUUAAACAAACAAGAAGUGAGGCUGUCUUUCGAUUGGCGCGAUAAAAGACUCCCAUUGUAUUGUAUCAACAAUAAGCCGUUCAAUUGCCCAUUGCCUCCACUGUAUGGAGAGAUUCUAAUUGUCAUUACUGAAAAAAGGGCAUCCCUUUGGCUCGAUGGUGUUUUGCUCCGUGAAACUGUUUUUACGAUCUCUGCACCGCAUGACCAUGUCUUUCAACUACACACCACCGGAUCGUUUGCAGUGACUGAGUUUCUCGAGAUGUACGAGCCACGCACUAAAAUCACCUAUCACACCUUCUCCGGUCAUCCUGUGCAGCUGGUAGUAUACGACGAUGCUGACACGGUACGUGUACGGGAGAUCUGGUACGAUCAAGUAGAACGUCCAGUUAUGCAAACGAAAUGGACCAAAAUGCGGGUCGAACCCAACGUAUCGCAUUUCUUUGGCUUUUACGAAAACUUUGUAACCAAUAUGAACGAUAAAACGGGGAUAAUGAGCGGAAUUGUGGCAGACUUACAUCCAGCAUGCCAGGGGUUUCCGUACACGCGUACAAUUUAUGGAAAUGAUCCGACGGAUAGCAAGCACCUGCAAGGCCUUCCCGGGAAAGAGUACGGAGUGGGUGGAAAGUAUAGGAGACGAUACUCCAACAGGCCGCCGAGUAGGUGGUUAGACAAAAUUUUCCCUACUACGGACGGGUAUUACCACAAGGUUGGUGAACAUCCGGGAGGCGCACUUCGCCUAACCGUGGAGGACAGCCUAGGGAAUAAGGUGGCCAAAUAUUCGAAGGUUGGCAACUUCGAGGAUCGGUUAACUACCUACCGUUACAGUGACGCAGCAAAGCUUCUUCAAGAACUGCCGCCACUGUAUCAUUCAACAGCGCGAUCUUUGGCGGCGCUCAGCACGCCAUACUUUUCACGAAAUUUUACAGAUCAUCAAAAGGCGCUGCAAAAAAUCUGGGAAGUGAAGUACGACUACGAUGAAAAGCAGCGCGUGAUUCGCAAAAGAACUCCAGACGGUGGUAUCUUCAACUACCUCUACGAUCGUCAUGGUGCACUUCGGUUCACUCUACAUAAGAACCAAAAUGAAACGCUCGUUCGAGCAAUACACUUUUUGUACAGCUCCAAUGGAAAAAUAGCCCGGGAGGCUGUUGUAAAUCUUACAUACGACCAAUGCAAGGAAAUUCUGGAAAAUGGCAGGGUGCCGGAAUCACGAAACUCGAUCGAGACGCUCUACGGGGAGCAGGAUAAGCUGCCGGCAGCGCGCUACCGCUCGCAGCUUGCCACCAGAUACAUCGGCGACGAUCAAAUGACGGAGUAUUUAAUCUUUGGAGAGCGGGAGUUGCUGUUGAAAAAGUUAUUCAUAGUGAAUACGACCAACACGACGUACUCCAUCGAUUUCGAGUGGGAGAAUGAUAAGCUGCGUUCAGUACAGUAUCCAGUCAGCUUCGGUCAGGGGUCAAUGAAGUAUAUUUACGACUACAAUGGACAUGGCGAAGUUACUUCAAUCCGGAUGCCGGCCAACAAAGAUCCUGUGUUUGAAUUUACGUACAAUGCAGAUGGAAUGGUGGAGACGAUGACGGUGCAACCAGGGACGGAACACUCC